AUGGCUGCCUCAUCCGCCCUCGUAGGCGCAACGGCCCUUACGGCUGCAGCUGCCUAUGUCAAUGCGAAAUAUCACAUUGCAAGCGACUUAGCACUGGCACCGCUUUCUCCGACACAUCGCAGUGUGGUGAAGUUCAUCGAAACACGUGCCAAAGAGCAACGACUAUUUACGUUCCAUAUCUUCGAGGAACAGGCUCGCAAUCAUGGUGACCGACUUUUCCUCAUUUUCGAGGGAAAAUCGUGGACCUACAAACAGUUCUACGACAGGAUAAUCAAGGCUGCCAAUUGGCUGCUCAAUGACCUCAAUGUGCAGAAGGAUGAAGUCGUCGCAAUAUAUGGCGUCAACACUCCCGAAUAUAUCUUGCUAUGGAUGGCGCUCGAAUGUAUUGGAGGUGCGCCGAGCUUCCUCAACUGCAACUUAACUGGUCAUGGGCUCCUCCAUUGCGUUAAGCUCUGUGGCACUCGUUACGUCUUAUAUGACUCGGAAUCAUAUCGCAAUAUUAAUACUUGUGCAAAAGAUUUUGAUGACAUCAAGGUCACAUUGCACUUGUACGGUCCCCAAUUAAUUGACAGCCUGAAAAUCAUGGCUCCUGUGCCGAAAGAACGACAGAUUCCUGGAAGCUUGAAUGAUAUUCGAGGCCUGCUGUACACAAGUGGAACUACGGGACUGCCCAAAGCCACGAGAGUGACAGUACAACGUGAAUUAAUGACUGGCUAUAUUAUGGCCCGCUACCUUAAACUGAAACCCGGUGAGCGCAUGUUCACCUGCCUUCCAUUAUACCAUGGGACUGGUCAUGGCUUGUGUGUGACUCCAUCGAUUCAUGGUGGAUCUACGAUCGUCCUCAGUCGCAAAUUCUCACAUAAAACAUUCUGGCCGGAAGUUAGAGAGUCAAAAGCUACUAUAUUACAGUACGUCGGCGAGCUAUGCCGAUAUCUAGUAAAUGCUCCACCGUCGCCGCUUGAUUGUCAAAACAGUGUCAAGAUGGCGUGGGGCAACGGGAUGCGUCCUGACGUGUGGGAGCCAUUCCGUCAGAGAUUUGGCAUCGAGACCAUCAAUGAACUGUAUGCUGCCACGGAUUCCUUGGGCAAAUCAUCACUGAAUGCAAAUCGAGGCGAGUUCUCCAGAUACGCUGUGGGUGUCCGAGGUCUCAUUUUCAAACUCAUGGCUGGAAGUGGUGUUAAAAGGAUCAAGAUAGACAUGGACACUCAGGAGAUCAUAAAAGAUGAAGCCGGACGUCCUGUCGUUGUUGGUGUAAACGAGCCUGGCGAAGAGAUAUAUCGGAUGGAUACAUCAACUCCAUUGCAAGAAGUGUAUCACCAAAAUAAAGAAGCUAUGGAAAAGAGGCUGCUGCGCGAUGCUUUUAAGCGGGGAGACGUAUGGUACAGAUCUGGGGAUCUGCUGCGACAGGACAAAGAUGGUCGUGUGUAUUUUGUAGAUCGACUGGGCGACACUUUCCGCUGGCGCAGCGAAAAUGUAUCAACCAAUGAAGUCAGCGACAUUGUCGGAACAUUCAGCCAAAUCGACGAAUCGAAUGUCGUGGGAGUGGAAGUGCCAAAGGCAGAUGGCCGUUGUGGUCUUGCGGCCGUCGUUCUCAAACCUGGAGUGACGGCUGACAAGGUGGACUUUAGGGGAUUGGCACAGCACUGUUUAACGCAGCUCCCUCGCUACGCCGUGCCUGGAUUCAUCAGGGUCACAAAGCUGAUUGAGUACACCGGGACGUUCAAGAUUCAAAAGGGAAAGAUAAGACGCGAGGGCAUUGAUCCCGCCAAAGUCACGGGAGACGAUGUGAUGUACUGGCUUCCAUACGAAGGAGACACGUACAUUCCGUUCCGAAACGAAGACUACGAGGCGCUGAAGACGGGCAAAGCACGCAUAUGA